CCAUUUGGAUAGCAGCGGUGCUGAGUACAAAAUGACCGAAUUUACGCGUCAGAUGCCGGGGGAUGAUCGUGUUGAUUGGGAUGAGUUCAAGACUAAAUUGUCCAAAGGUCCAGUAGUCCCAGGACAGCUGGCAUAGAAGAAGAACCCAACAGAGGAGGAAGAGGAAGUGAGAGCGAUGUUCCUCUUCACAACGGGCGGCAGACCAUGCUGCUGGGGUGGCGGAACCUGGACUGCGGCCAGCUUCCUCGUUGGCAUCAUGUGACUGACUGCUCUCCAAAGUGUUGCUGCAUCCACGACCUUACACAUACCAGAAGUCAACUAAGUGCACGUGCGUCGCUCCAAUCAUGUCGACGAGCCGCACGGCGCGAGACCAGAACCGGGACCGGAACCGGGGCCGGACUUUCCGGCAGUGGUGCCUGCGGACGUACGCGGAGUCCGGAAAGACGAAGACGGUGACCCGGCGCAAGUACGACAACAUCCUGCACGCUCUGUUGCACGACGACCUCAACCCACCAAACCACAAGAACGCCAAGUUCAAGGUCUGGAUCAAGUCCAAAGGCUUCCAGGUGGGGACGCUGCGGGACGUCAAAGUCCUCUUUGUGCCCGUCAAGACGACGUGUGCGGAUGCGACGUCCCUGAAGCAAGUCGCCGUGGUGGAGGAUUUCUACGACAUCAUCUUCGCCAUGCACGUGAAGGAGGGCGGAAAACCGGGGAAGGCUCCCUCGCACGUCGGCCAGAAGAAGACCUACAAAGCCAUAGCAGAGACGUAUGCCUUCUUGCCUCGAGAGGCGGUCACACGCUUCCUGAUGAAUUGUGGCGAGUGUCAGAAAAGGAUGCAUACCAGCGCACAUUGCUCAGAAGGUCAUGUGACCACACGGCGACUCGCUUGUGAUCCCGUCUCAUCGUACCCCACAGAGAACGACAUGCCGGAGGGUUCAGCGUCCGCCGCCGCCGACCGCCACGAUCGGCGGCAACGACAAGACGACAACACUGAUGACGCGUCAGUGAGCGGCGAGGACGAGGCCGACAUGAGCGAGCCCUCGUGGCCGGCCGCCGACCCGGGAGCGACGUCGCAGCUGCGGCUGGCCGGCCGACCGGAGGCCUUGCGCCGCAGUCUCAACUUGGCCGGCAGCAGGGAGGACGACGACGAUUCAUCGUCCGAGAGCGGCAGCGGCCUUCCCACCCUCACGCCUCCGUCGUCCUCCUCCACCGCCCUCGUCAGGGAGGUCGUCAACGGCAACUGCGGCCCCGCCCCACUCGAUUUCAGCACGCCUGCGUCCUCGUCCUCCGACGACCGGCGACCCGUGAGCCUGAGCGAGCCGCCCCCUCAGAGGCCGCCACCGCCGGCGGGCGCCUCUCACCUGCCCGUCAGCGUGUCGGCGGCGGCGGCGGCCCUGCUGGGCGCCCUGCAUCCCAACGUGCCCGAGGAGCUGCGCAGGAAGUACCCGCUGGCCGCCAAACCUCCGCUGGCUCCUCAUCCCGCCCUGCCCGUGCCACAUGCACAUUCCCCGCACACGCACGCUGGCGAGCUGCGAUUGGACCGCGACUAUGGCGCCAAGUCUCCCGUGUUCAGUUCUGGCGGCAGCUACGACAGCAUCAAGAUGGAGGCUAGCGCCGAUGACCUGAGCGCCGGCCGUCUCGGGGGCCCCGCCGCCCCUGACGACGACGACGACGAGCACGACGAGCACGAUGACAGCGACAAGAUCAACGACGCGGAGGGCGUGGACCCGGAGCGGCUGAAGGCCUUCAACAUGUUCGUGCGUCUGUUUGUGGACGAGAACUUAGACCGGAUGGUUCCCAUCUCCAAGCAGCCCAAAGAGAAGAUCCAGGCCAUCAUCGAGUCCUGCAGCAGACAAUUCCCGGAAUUCCAAGAACGCGCCCGCAAGCGCAUUCGCACCUACCUCAAAUCCUGCCGACGCAUGAAGAGGAACGGCAUGGAGACCCGGCCCACUCCGCCGCACCUCACCUCCGCCAUGGCGGAGAACAUCCUGGCCGCCGCCUGCGAGAGCGAAUCACGCAACGCCGCCAAGAGGAUGCGGCUGGACGCCUAUCACGAUGAGCCGAACUCACUGGAUAAACCGUCCGGCGGCGGCGCUCUGAGGGAGCCGGCGUCACUCGUUCCCUCGGCCUACUCGCUGGCCGCGUCCGCCUUCUCCAACCAGGAGCCGCAGGUCUACAUCAACGGCGCCGGCCUCAGCUACGGUUACCGUGGCUAUCUGGGCGCUGCCGUGCAGCAUCCCGUUUCCCUGACGACUGACGCCGCCGCUCAGAGCAAUGGCCCCACAGACCUCAGCAUGAAGUCGCACUCGUCCGCCAACAUGGCCGCCGCCGCCAACCAUUGUCUGGGCGGGCGGGGCGGGGGCGGGGCCUUGGCCCAACUCAGCCAACCGGAGAUCGCGGCCGUACGUCAGCUGGUCGCCGGAUACCGGGAAUCGGCGGCCUUCCUGCUGCGCUCCGCCGACGAGCUGGAGAACCUCAUCUUGCAGCAGAACUGAAGAGCGCACACACAUACGCACACACUCACACUCAUAUUCAGCCUUUGCCGGAAACCUCUGGGAGAAAAUGUGGCAAAAGUGUGAAAUCCUUGGCGAGCACUUAGAGGUUAUCCCGGUCUUCUGGCAAUCAGCGUGAGCCUCGGAGGAAGAGCGACUUUGUGUUGGAACACCCUCUCCCCUAACAUGCCGGCUUGUACAUAGAAGCACUUUUCCCCGCUGCCCUUCCUGCUACUUCUUAUGCACCUCGGACGCCUGUUGAACAGAGCAGGAAAUACCUCAAUCAUCCACUUCCUGCCCCGCUGCUGUAAAUACUCAGCUGAGGAUGUGAAGGAUGAAGAUGUGUGUGUGUGUGUGUGUGUGUGUGUGCAUGCAUAUUUGCGUGCGCGCGUGCUAAAUGCUAAUGACUACUCCUUUAUUACCUCCCACGCUAACGUGGUCGUCACGUCUCUUCGGACCUCCUCCGUCUCUUCUCGAUGGACCUAAAGCUCCUGCUCCUCCUCGCUGGCGCCCUCCAGAGGAAGAGGAGAGCAUUGGGAUUUUGCUGCUAAAACGAGAGAGCGGCGUUUCUGCCAUCGACACAUGCGAGACCUCACAAACAGCGAUGACGACAGACCACCAAAAGCUUUCUCGUGUUACGCAUCUCGUUUGGACUAUUCUGCCCACUCGGCAACAAGUCGCAACGGCUACGUUAAUAGGCUAACGUUUGUUGUCUGGAUCAUCCAGUGAUUUGUUGCGGGGAAAACGUUAGCGUAUCUUAAAGUUGUAUUCUUUUAUUUAAAAACAGCAAACUUUGAUUUCAGUCUGACAUUAACUUUGUUUUUACGUUGUACAGCUAGUCAACAAGUUGACUACGUCACGUAAUGUCUUUCAUCUUAUAUACGAGGCUCAAUUAGCUUGGUCUGGAUACCUCAAUGAGCAGCUUUGAUUUGAUUUGUCACGAGGAUAACGAUAACUUAGCUUAAAAUCACAUUUUAUUUAAAAACAGCACACUUUAAGUCCGUGAACUUCGUACACACAUCGUACAGCUAGUCAACAAAUUAACUACAUAACUGGAUGUCGCUAACAUCUUUCAUCUUACAUACGAGAUCUAAUUAGCGUGGUCUGGAUCAAUCAAUGGGCAGCCUCGAUUUGUCGGGAGAACGUUAGCUUGGUUUAAAAUCGGGUAUUAUUUAAUAACAACAAACAACAUGUAUACACAUACGGAUGAGUGCUAUCGAGUAUGGCUAAGACAAGCUAUGUUAUGCUAAGCGAGCAGGCGCUAACAAGUCAGCGAAUAAAGGGGGGGACUAAUGAGCGAUUAUUUGUGUUUACUAUUGAACUUUUUGUUUGUUUUUGUGAAAAAGACAAACUAGCAUUUUUCCCUUCUUCGGCUAACCUGUUAAAUGUUGCAUUUGCACUUGACAUGUUAGCAUCUUAUUUAUCAUAACUUUCAGUACAAUUAUUUAUGUUGUCGUGAGGAGAAAGUUAGCUUAGCAUGAAAUCAUAUUCUUCUUUUUUUUUUUUUUUUAAACGAACAUCAAUGUUCUUAUCACGGCCUUUGUAUGGAACUCUAGGUCACAUUAAGCUAAGCUAGCAAAAUUGUUUUUGUGUAUUGUUUUUUUUAAUUUUUUUUUGCAAAAACAAAUUUUUUUAAAAUGAACACGCUAACGCUGAGGCUCGGACAGAGGGAAUUGUUUCCAACUGUGAUGUUUUUAUUUCGUUAUGGAAAGGGGGUCAGGUGCUGCGGAUUGCACUUGUUUUUCUUUGUUUUUUUUGUUUAUUUUACGCAAUGCAGCUGAUAAUCACAAUGUCCCCUCAACGUUAGGCGGUCUCACACUGCGAGGGUUUAGCGAUUGCGAAAGCAAUGGGAGUUAUUGUGACUUGUUGGUUUUGUGGAACAUUCCUGAUUUGAACUGUGAAGAAUGUUUUUGUUGUUGUUUUAUUUUGUUGACAAAUAUGCAAAACGGGGAGAAUGAGAACCGGGUGGGGGUUGGGAGCAAUGAUCUCACAUGAUUUGUGUGUCACUGCGUUACAAUCAGGUUUUAAAGGUUCUAAGCCAGGGUGUGGGAAAAGUAUGGUCCUGGGGCCCCAAACGGCCCACUCUGUUCUGUCAUCCAGCCCACUGAGUAUUUACGUUAUCAUUAUUUGUUGCAUUAAUUUCAGUUUUUCUCCCCAAAAUUGAUUGUAUUUUUUAAAUUCAUUUAUCUCAUUUAAAAAUAAUGGGUCAAUUAAUUCACUGCAUAAAAUAAAAUAUCAAUUAAUAAAUAAACUAUACAUUUCACAAUUAUUUUAUAAACAAAUUUGGCAGUUACUAAAUUAUUUUUAAAAAUACAAUUCAAAUGAAAAUGUAUUAUUUUAUCAUGAUAUACAGUAAAUUAUAUACAUAUUUUAGCUUGAGUUUUACCUCAUCAACGAAAUACCUGGCCCCUCUGUCCGUUUUCAAAAUCAAAUGUGGCCCUUGAGCACUAAAGUUUGUCCACCCCUGUGCUAAGCAUUUGUAUUAGUCCAGGAAACAGAACCAGAACCAGAACAUAUUUCACGAAAGAACGUUGUCAGUCUCGAUCUGCUAAGGUGAACGUUACAAAAACAACAAAAAACAAGCAAAGGACAAUCUUUGCCAAGUUGUAAUUUUCUUUUUCAAAGAAGAUGUUUUUUUUAUUAUUAUCAUAGACUGCGCCUCCUGACUCUAAUUUUUAUUUUUUCAAAAAUUGUGAUAAUUUUUUUUUCAUCUUGUUUUGUUUUGUACAGUGUUAAACGGUACACAUUCAAAAACGUCGCACGUCCACGUGCAUUCCUUGAAGGAAAAAAAACAACUUUAUGAUUACAAUAUUCUGUCAGAAAAGUCUGUGUCGGACUUCAUGUUUGAAAAGUACGGUUAAGCUGAGCUGCGAUGUCGGUCGAGCAAUCACAAACUUUGUGAACAAAUGUCAACAUGGGAAGAUUUAAAUUUUGAUUAUUAUUUUUUUUCCCCCUACUAGUCCAACACAGCGCAAUAGUGGAAAGUACGUCUGUCUCACAGUCGAGAGUUCCUGUGUUGGAAUCGCAGAUCGGGCCUUCCUGUGUUUGCACGUUCUCGCCGUGCUUGUGUGGGCUUUUUGUCACAUUCCAAAAACAUGUUCGGUUAAUUGAAGACUAAAUUGUGAAUGUGAGUGUAGUCUGCGUGUGUCCUGCAAUUUACUGGUGAGCAGUCCAGGUUGUACCCAGCCUCUUGGCUAAAGUUAGACUCCAGCUCACUCCCGACCCCAACUGAAGACACGCUUACACGUUCUAGCUACUUAGUGUAUUACUGACUGUGCUUUACAAGUUAGCGUUGAUGUUAUUUUUCUUUCUUUCUGUGGAUGUGUCUGACUUCUGGAUUGUGAUCGGGAUCGCUUGCUCAGCCUCGCUUCACGCAGUUUCACUCAGUGGAAGUGUAUAUGUUUACAUGUACAGAACUUCAACUUUCUCUGCCAUUGUUCCCUCGUAUUCUGUGAUCCUUGUUCACAACCCCCAAACCCACCAAGGGAAAAAACAACCAUCAGCUUGAGACACAUUUUCAAUUUAAGUCGUUCACUUUUCUUCCCUUUUUUUUUUUUUCCAAACAACUUCUUAACAUUUAGCCAUGUGUGACUAAUGGAUGCUAACAGCUCGCGAGCAUCUCACAUGACCGAAUUAGAGAUGCUAACUACCUGUUAACGUUACCUCAGAGGUAACUGAAAAGAUACUCAUAGUUUGUUAGCAUUUAACCACGUGCAACCUAAGGGAUUCUAACAGUUUGCUACCGUCUUGUGUCAAUCAGGGAUGCCAGCUGCUUGCUAGCAUUUAGCCAUAGGUCGCUUUGUUACGCUAAGUGGUGCUAAGGGGUUGCUAGCAUCUCACAUGCCUCAAGUUGGGAUUCUUGUCAACAUUUCGCCUUAGGUCACCGAAGAGAUGCCAGACUUUCAUAAGUAUGACUGUGAUGCUAACUCAUAUUAGCAUUUAGCCAUAGGCUACUGAAGAGAUGUCAUUAGUCUGUUAGCAUUUCUCACUGUGUGACUAAAUGUGACACUAACAGCCUGUAAGCAUCUCACAUCAAAUCAAGCUUUAAUUAUUUAUUUAAAACAUAUCAUUUGAUGGUAGCAUUUCAGCCAUAAGUUGCUGAGGCGGCGCCCAUCGUUUGUUAGUGUGAACAAGCGAUGCUAACAGCUUGGUAGCAUCUAGUUAUGUGUCAAUCAGGGAUGCUAACAGCUGUGACUAAGGGUUGCUCAGUGCUUGCUAGCAUUUAGUCGUAGGUCAGUGAAGAGGUGCCAGCUGUUUAUGCUGCGUUCACACCGGACGUGAAGGAAACUUUUGCCUUGUGUUACUGUACGCCACCCCUCACUCAGUUGAUCGCGGGAGUUGUGUACACACCAAAUGUGAAUUCGCUUCACUCCCAUGACACGUAACCAGAAAAGAGGUGUGGCUUCCCAGGAUAGAUAGCUAAGCCAGUUCUUUCGGCUACUUUGCGAGCAACCAUGGACGAUGAUUUAACUGCUGUGGUUUCUCUAUUGGCCUGCUUGUUGUGGAAGUCCAAAAUGUCGGAACGCCAAACACGGUCGUGCUUGGGUUCACAACAUUACACCAACUUUCUCGCUCAACAUUCUGGAGGCCUGCUCUUUUUUCGUACGGUCCCUGUAUUAGGAGCAGGAGAUAUCAAAAAGUGCUGCGUGCCCACAAACAGCAACGAUAAUUUAAUCCUCCAUUGUUCCGUUCAAAAACUCCAGAACAUUGCGUGUGACGCAACAUAUUCUCGAUGCCGAUUGGCUGUCGGGACGCAGCGUCACACAAAUUUGCGGCUCGAGUUGAAAUUUUCCAAUUCAAGCAAAUUGGAGAAGCUGCAAAUUUUCACUUGCUCGCCCGACUCUCGUCAAACGCGUUUUUCACGUCGCUCGGCACAAAUUUCGUGCCUAUUCGCGCAUUUGUGUUGACUUUAUAUCUAAGCAUAAUGCGUGAAUAGUUCCAUUCUCAUCCGGUGCGAAUGCACCGUUUGUGUUACUAAGUGACGCUAACAGCUCCUUAAUAUCUCACAUGCCUCAAUUAGGGAUGUGAACCGCUUGCCAACAUUCAGUCAUAAAUUACUGAGGUGGUGCCAAUCGUUUAUUAGUAACUAAGUGAUGUUAAUGGUUAGUAUUUAGCCACAGGAUACUGAAGAAAUGGCAAUUGUUUGUUAGCAUGUGGCCACAUGUGACAAAUGGAGUUUACCAGCUCGCUAGCAUCCAUCUUUGUAUCCAUUAGGGAUUCUAACUUCUUGUUAGCAUUUAGCCAUAGGUCACUGAGGGGAUGCUAAUUGUUUAGCAUUUAUCCAUAUGUGGCUAAAGGAUGCUAACAGGCUGCUAGCAUCUUUAGCCAUGUAUAAAUUUUGGAUUCUAACUGCUUGUUAGCAUUGACCCAUACUAACAGUUUGUUAGCUCAAUUAGGGAUACUAACAGCUAACUGAGUGCUACUUGGUGAAGAAACAAAACUGGGCUUGAAUUGAAAACCAAGAAAAAACACACAAAGUGUCCUAGUACCAUAGGUUUUUUUUGUUUUGUUUUUUAGGUGGAGGGGGGUCAGUUGUGCACACACACACACACACGCCAAUCGGUGUGAAAGAAUGAAAAGCCAUUGAGACCCACUUUAGGGGUCUACUCGUAUAUUUAGUGAGUGAGAAGGCUGCAGAUGACACGUUAACCUCAGGAAAAAACAACAACACAAAGUUUUGUACAAACUCUCAUUUGCUGCCCUCUUUGAUACCAUUUUCUAUUUAUUGUCUUUCUUAUUCCAUACAACAGUGGACCUAUGGUGUUCAUAGAUUUGAAUGAGACUUUUUGUUGUGUUUUGUCAAAGAGAGCAUAUCGUCAACAAUCUAACAGUGACUUUUUUUUAUUUUAUUUUUUUAAUGUGCUGUCACUGCGGACAUUUAGUUUUUUCUUCAGACCUCCUGAGAUGUACAACACAAAGCUGAAUAUACUAAUGAUAAUAAAGACUGUGUGCUAACCA